GGAAGUGCCGAGACGGGGCGGGGCCCACAAUCUGACAGAUGUUGCCCCUGCGCGGCUGCCACCGCCGCCUCCUCUCCCUGCGCGGCGUCACCGCCCCCUCCCUUCUUCCUCCCAUCACCACCACCCCCACCACGUCCAUGGCGGCGCCCCAGUCCCACUCCCACCCCGCCAAAACCCUCCGCGCGAGCCCUCCUCCGCCCUCCACCGCCGGCUCGGCGCCCAAGAGGUCCAGGACGAUGGCCACCGACGCGGCGGCGACGGCGCAUUCGGCCUCGGCGGGGUGCUCCGCGAUGAAGGCCGAGUUCGCCAAGCACGCCGAGUACCUCAACACCCUGAAUGAUAAAAGGGAAAGGCUUGUGAAAGCAAGUCGGGAUUUGACAAUGAACAGCAAAAAGGCCAUCUUUCAGGUUCACAGGAUAAGUAAGAAUAACAAGGAAGAGGUUCUUUCAAAAGCUGAAAAUGAUCUCACUGUUGUGGUUAACCAAUACAUUGGGAAGUUGGUAAAAGAACUGCAAGGGACCGACUUCUGGAAGCUCAGAAGGGCCUAUACCUUUGGUGUACAAGAAUAUGUUGAAGCUGCAACAUUCUGCAGAUUUUGCAAGACUGGCACUUUAUUAAGUCUUGCUGAAAUCAAUGAUUCUUUGCUAGAGCUGGGUGACAAAUCUGUUGAGCCCUUACAGAUAAAUGUACUCGACUAUGUUUUAGGGGUUGCCGAUCUGUCAGGAGAGCUGAUGAGGCUUGCAAUUGGCCGUAUAUCUGAUGGAGAAGUUGAAUAUGCCAAAAACAUUUGUGCAUUUGUACGUGAUAUAUACAGGGAGCUGACCCUUGUGGUGCCUCUGAUGGAUGACAAUAGUGAGAUGAAGAAGAAGAUGGAGACUAUGCUGCAAAGUGUAGUGAAAAUUGAGAAUGCUUGCUUCAGUGUUCAUGUGAGAGGAUCAGAGUACAUCCCUUUGCUUGGCUCAUCUGCUGAUCCAGAUUACUCUUUUUUUGGUGCCUCAGACUUUGACCAAUGAAGCCUUUGAAGCUAGAUCCCCAAACUGACAUGUUAGACGAACUAUUGCUCUUAGCUUCCAGCUUGUUCACCGCCUGAAAUCGUUGCUGGUGUACUACAGCAUGGAAUGUGUUAAAUGGAGCUUGGAAGAUUGUUUUUUUAUAAACUUAAAUUAGGAUUUCGUUAUCUCCACUCCAAUGGUUUCUAUUAACCAAUAUCUAUGCUUUUGUCUGACGUCUUGGAUAUCUCCAUUUAAGUUAAUAGAAAUAAAGGAAAAUCUAAAUAAAAAAAAGAUCA